CUUGUUCGUUCUAGUAACAGUAAUUCAUAAUCUGCUUGUUGAUGAAAAUCACAAAAGUUUUUGUUUUCAACGAAAGUCAAUUGGUUUGCUCAAAUAUUCAAUAUCGAAAACAUAAAUUAGUUUGUAAUAACAAAUUGGAGCAUUCCAUUAUCAGCCCACAUGAAUCGCACAGAACUCGAUUACUAUGCAGUAUUAAAUGUGCCUCAUGAUGCGCCCAAGGAGAGUAUAACGUUGGCGUAUCGAAAAUUGGCCAUACAGCUGUGUCCCCAUCGCGAUCCAAAGUAUGAACGUGACUUCGUUCCUCUUUUGGGACCAACACAUAUGGAACCGUUGUCAACUAAUCGCCAAUGGGAAUAUAUUAACAUGGCCUAUGAUGUUUUAGGAAACGAUUUGUAUCGAGCCAUCUAUGAUCGUUUCGGUGAGGCUGGACUUUUUCAAGGCAUUCAAUUGCCUAACGGUUACUUUCCGCCUUACCAAUAUCAUGGUGAUCAUAUGAAAGUAUAUCAUAACGUUUUUGGCAGCUACUCGCCUUACGCAAAUAUCAUCGACAUCGUUACGAACCCACCUUUGCUCUAUUCUACAUUGGAACAUGGCAUUGGAGUGCGUAAGAAAGACCCGCCGGUAGAGAAAAUUAUUUAUUUGGAGUUAGAAGAAGUAUUCAAAGGUUGUACGAAAUUAAUGCAUGUCUGGAGGCAAGAGUUCAUUGACACGAAGGAAACACGCACAGAGAAAAGAAAGAAAACUCUUAAACUCAAAAUACUACCAGGCACCACCCAAGGUACACGAUUUUGCUUUAAGGAGGAAGGUGACCGCAGUCCCACGAAAAUACCAGCAGAUAUUAUAUUUAUAACAGCUGAUAAACCACAUCAUCUAUUUGAGCGCAGCCACCAUCAUGAUUUAGUCUAUACCCAUAACAUAACUUUAAGGGACGCGCUUGUCGGGUUUAGCUUCACAAUUAACACAUUAGAUAAGCGUGCUCUGAAAAUAAACGUGUCCGAUGUGGUAUAUCCUGGCUAUGUGAAAAUUAUGCCAAAGGAGGGACUUCCAGUUUGUGAAAAUUUACCCAUUGCUCCUGAUAUGAGACCCGCUGGAUUGAAGAAAAAGAAGUUCGGCGAUCUAAUUAUAAAGUUUCAAGUUGAAUAUCCGCGAAUUAUGACACAUAAAAUGCGGAAUAUAACUAAGGAAUUCUUCGAUGAAUUAGAAGAUUUGGAAGUAGAAGCUGAAGAUGCUCCACACCCUAUUCACAUACUUAUGCGAAAGAGAGGAGGAAGAGGCAAACUCUAAGCUGAGAGGUCGGGAGUAACAACCCAUUCAACAAAUACGCGAACAUAACGGUGUUUUCGAAAUGUGUAUUUUUAUUAUUUUUUGUUUUAAAUUCAACGAUGUUAAGUUGUUUUCGGAAACCUGAUUUUAUAUUUUUAUACAUGUACAUAUAUCACAAAACUUAUAAUCGAUCGGAAAUUUACAGAAAAAACUUUGUUCUGAAAUAAAACAAAACUUUACACAGUUAAAUAUCAUGUCGCUAAGCAGGGUUGCAAAUUUUUUAUUUCUAAAAUUUUGCAUUAACAAUAAGAUUUCAAAUUCUCCAAAACGAUGGAAUUAAAAAUUGAAAAUUAGUGUGUGACAUAAUACCGACAUAUCAGCACGCUGGCAAUUCAAAAUUAAAAAGUCCAAAAGUUUUUUUCAAUCAAUUUGCUGUUGCGUAAGCUGUAUAGACGAAAAAGCCAUCUAUUAUCGCUCUAUAGCAUUGACAUAAUAAUAUGGUAGGCAUCAUUUCUGAAGAAAUAGGGACCAAUGAUUCCUUCUGCUCAUAGAGCAAACAAAAGAGUGACUCUCAGAGCAGUGUUUUCAUCGAUUCGGACGAAAUGUCCUAGCCACCGUAGCCGCUGUCUCUUAAUUUGCUGGACUAUGUCAAUGUCGUCGAAUAUCUCGCACAGCUCAUCGACUGCCAAUGC